GAAAAUAGAACGGUGAACUCUUCUUCCUCUCCUCUUUUCAACCGCGACCCAAGAAAUCAACCAACGGGAUACGACGGCGAAAUGAGUUCGAUUUAUGGGUCAUCUUCAUGGGGUAGAAGGACCGAAAGCACUGGUUUUUCAAAUCAGUGCUACCACAGACUAUUUUGUGGACCUAGAAUGGUGAAAAACGGGUCAAAUACUGGGAGACAAUUUUAUGGGUGUGCAUUAUGGCCUAAAGAAGAUUGUCAUUAUUUUCAAUGGGUUGAUGAAGGAAAUCGUCCUUGCAAAGAAGACAACAGAAAUGAUAAGGAAAUGUUGUUGGAGCAUCUUUUUAGCAACAGAAAUGAAGGACAAAAAGCAUUAGAGGAGAAGAUUGUUAGGUUGAAAUUGAAGAAAAAGAUGGUGGAAGCUAAAAAUCAGGAAAUGCAGCUACUCAUUACCAAAAAUUUGAAGUCCC